GAAAUUUAGAGGGCUCUGUUUAUUGCUCUGCUUUUCUGAGACAAAAAACUCACUGUUUUUUAUCACACUAGCAGAGCUUCAAUGGCGAAACCAGUACAGAUUGAAGUGUGGAACCCAAAAGGGAAAUACAGAGUCGUUAGCACAAAACCCAUGCCCGGAACUCGCUGGAUUAACCUCUUAAUCGAGCAAGAUUGUCGCGUCGAAAUAUGUACCCAGAAGAAAACGAUAUUGUCUGUUGAGGAUAUCAUUGCUUUAAUCGGUGAUAAGUGUGAUGGAGUAAUUGGACAGUUAACUGAAGAUUGGGGCGAGACUUUGUUUGCGGCCUUAAGUCGAGCCGGUGGCACAGCAUUCAGCAACAUGGCUGUGGGUUAUAACAAUGUCGAUGUUAAUGCUGCUAACAAGUAUGGUGUUGCAGUCGGUAACACUCCUGGGGUACUCACUGAAACAACAGCAGAGUUAGCAGCUUCACUUUCUUUAGCAGCGGCUAGAAGAAUUGUUGAAGCUGAUGAGUUUAUGAGGGCAGGCUUAUAUGAUGGAUGGCUUCCUCAUCUGUUUGUUGGAAACUUGCUUAAAGGACAGACUGUUGGUGUGAUUGGAGCUGGUCGUAUUGGAUCUGCUUAUGCUCGAAUGAUGGUUGAAGGCUUCAAAAUGAACCUAAUUUACUAUGAUCUGUACCAAGCUACACGCUUGGAAAAAUUUGUUACAGGUUAUGGUCAGUUUUUGAAAGCCAAUGGAGAACAACCUGUUACUUGGAGAAGAGCAGCAACAAUGGAUGAGGUGCUUCAGGAGGCAGAUGUGAUAAGUCUUCAUCCAGUAUUGGAUAAAACCACCUAUCAUCUGAUCAACAAAGAACGGCUUGCAACGAUGAAGAAGGAAGCAAUCCUUGUGAAUUGUAGCAGGGGUCCAGUGAUAGAUGAAGUAGCUCUUGUGGAGCAUCUUAAACAGAAUCCAAUGUUCCGUGUUGGCCUUGAUGUCUUUGAGGAUGAACGUUAUAUGAAACCUGGGCUUGCUGACAUGAAGAAUGCUAUUGUGGUGCCACACAUUGCUUCUGCUUCAAAGUGGACUCGUGAAGGAAUGGCUACAUUAGCUGCUCUAAAUGUCCUGGGCAAGAUCAAAGGAUACCCUGUGUGGGGUGAUCCAAACCGAGUUGAACCAUUCUUAAAUGAGAAUGCUCCACCCCCUGCUGCAAGUCCCAGCAUUGUCAAUUCAAAAGCCUUAGGUUUACCUGUUUCCAAGCUUUAAAAGGGGGUCUCGCGGCAGGAACGAUGUCCUUGUAGAAGCAUUGACAACAAUGUAUAUUUUGCAUCUAGCAAGUACUUUGCUUUCUUGCUUGCUUUACUCACUUGUGCACUCCUUUUCUUUUUCUUUUUAGAAACAAUGUAUUGUACGAACAUUAUAUUAUAAUCUUUAUAAUUGCAUCAAAUAUCUACUCUGUUUUUGUCCUAGUCUAUCAAAAUUGUACGCAUAAAUUCACAAUAUUUUG